ACUGCGUUUGUUUACGUGAUUGCCGAGUACGUGAGACGCCAGCUACUCUCUGUUAGCAUAGCAAAUGAUACGUUUUUACCAUCUGACAUAAGGUUAAUAUUUGUUCAGUCAUGGGGAAAUCGUUUGCCAAUUUCAUGUGCAAGAAAGACUUUCACCCUGCGUCGAAGUCAAACAUAAAAAAGGUAUGGAUAGCAGAACAGAAAUUGACCUUCGAGAAGAAGAAGCAAGAAGAUCUUAUGCAGGCAUACCUGAAAGAGCAGGAAACUUACAACAACAGAUUGUUGAUGGGGGAUGAUCGUGUUAAAAAUGGUCUCAAUUUCAUGUAUGAGGCUCCACCUGGAGCAUCCAAAGAGGAAACAAAAGAGGACGGGGAAUCAGAGUACAAGUUUGAGUGGCAGAAGGUGGCUCCUCGAGAGAAGUAUGCCAAGGAUGACAUGAAUAUUAGAGAUCAGCCAUUUGGAAUCCAGGUGCGAAAUGUGAAAUGCAUCAAAUGUCACAAAUGGGGCCAUGUGAACACAGACAGAGAGUGUCCUCUUUAUGGGCUCUCUGGUAUCAACGCCAGCUCUGUGGCCUCAGAGGAAGCAGCAGGUCCGUCGAUGCACCCCUCGGAGUUAAUGGCGGAGAUGCGAAACAGUGGGUUUGCCCUGAAAAAAUGUGUCCUUGGUAGGAAUGCUACUGUUUGUGAUCCAUCACAGGAGUAUGUUGCCAGUGAGGAAGAAGAGGAUCCCGAGGUGGAAUUUCUGAAGUCACUGACAACCAAGCAAAAACAGAAGCUCCUCAGGAAACUUGAUCGCCUGGAAAAGAAGAAGGAAAAAAAGAAGAAGAGCAAAAAGCAGAAAAAGAAAGGCAAAAGAAAGCAUAAGAAAAAGCACUGCAGCAGUGAUAGUUCGAGUGACUCCGAUACAAGCAGCAGCAGUGAUAGUGACUCAGACUCGAGCAGCCGUGGCAAGUCAAAGAGCCAAAAGAGAAAGAAGAAGAGCAACAAAAAAGACUCAUGUCGGGAUAACAGCACUGAGGGCGAGAGACGAGUCAAGAGUCAGAAAAGGGGCUCUUCUCCCAGGAGCAGGUCACAGAGCCCUCACACUGGACAGAAGCGGCCUAAAGAGGAGACCAGUGAUAACAGAGGACCAAGGACAGAGAGGGGAAGGAGUGAGAGUCGGAAGCGCAACCCUGAGAAUAAGAUCAAGCUGGAGGGAGGUCAAGAGAGAGAGAGACAGAGCAGCAGGGACAGGCAGAGACCCAGCAGCUCCAAGUCUGGUCUGGACAGAAGCCGGAGCCGCGAGAGAGGCAGGGAGGACAGAGGUAAAGACAGGCAUCACAGCAGAGGUGGGGAGAGGAACAGAGGUAGCACAGAUGGAAGGAAUGACAGAGGUGCAGAUGGGAGUAGCAGAAACAGGGAAAGGAGGAAAGAAAGGGAGGGCAGGGGAAGGAGCAGGAGUAGAAGCAGGAGUAGAAAUAGGAGUAGAAGUAGGAGCACAGGCAGGAGUAGGGAGAAAAGAGAGAGGAGCCCAGUCAGAGCAGAGAGAAAGCACUGACUUGCCCCAUGACUGUUUUUUUGUUUUUUUUGUUUUUUUUUAUCCUGUGACUUUACUUCCAUCCAUGGAUAAAACGUGUAAUGUUUUGAAUAUUCUUUAGGUUAAUAUUUAAGGGAUAUCUUGGCAAUCAAAAAGAGUGCACCUCAUUAUUUCACCUUGAGAUGGCCCAUAUUGUGUGUGGAUCUUAUUUUCUUCCAGUAGAGGGAAGCAGUCGACAGAAAAUAACUUAAGACAGGCAGCUGCACUCCUGUGCUGCCUUGUAGGGAUAUGUCGAGAUUAAUUGAUUAUAAGUAAUUUGCACCUAUAUUCCUUGUAGUGUGUGCGUUAGCCCCAGUUUCAUGUUCAUUCGGCCACUAGUGAGUUUAUAUAAUUUUGUUGCUGCAGUAUUUAUCCUUCUGUCAUUUCUGUACAUUUUUACAAAUUUUCUACAUUCUAUGACAAAGCGAUAUUUCCAGACAGUUAUGGAUUCCUGCAGAUAUGCUGAUUAAAAUUUUAACCCACUAAA